GAAAUGCUAAACAUUAAAAUGUUUCACUGGAAAAUGUAAUUGUAAACUAUCAUGGCGGACAAGAAAUGGCUGUGGACCUUUCUCAUUCUUUUAACUCUUGGAUUACGUAGUGUUUGUGGGAAAUGUGAGAGAGGAUUUUUUGGUUGGAAAUGUAAAUUAAGUUGUAAAAAUUGUAUUGAUGAGGAAUGUGAUGAGAAAACUCUGACCUGCAAUUCUGGGUGUAAAACUGGCUACUAUGGUGAUCAUUGUUUGUUUGAGAACCAAUGUCAAUAUGAUUCUAGUGGGAUUACUUACACUGGCCAUCUGAAUGUCGCGCAAAACAAGACAAGCUGCGUGGCUUGGAACCUAGUUCAAAACUUUAAUGACUUGGAAUUUGAGUACGACGAUGACCCUGGGAAUUUCUGCAGAAAUCCAAAGUUGGCUACAGGUCGACUGAAUAAACUUUGGUGUUACACUUCACCAGAAGGGGCAAACGAUUUAUGUGACAUCAAGCUCUGUGACUGUCCUACCCAUCUUUUUGGAGAAGGUUGUAAGAGACAGUGCCAUUGCAAUGAAAACUCAACCUGUGACAGAAAUGGGUUUUGCUCUGAUGGUUGCGCUGAUGGUUGGGUUGGAGCUCAGUGUAGCAGAAAGUGCCAUCCAGGAUUCUAUGGUAAUAAAUGUAAAAAAGAGUGUGUGAACUGUGUAGAUAAACAAUGUAACCAUGAGACUGGAAAGUGUAAUAAAGGAUGUAAAGCUGGCUACAUGGGGGACAGGUGUCAGUUAGAGUGUGACAAGACUUAUGGUCCAAACUGUGCCAAUAAAUGUGGCCACUGUAGGGAUGAUGACAUCUGCGACCGUUUCACUGGCCGCUGCCUGCGUGGCUGCAGCCCAGGUUACAUCAGUUCAGACAAUGGCACAUCUUUGUGUGACUUAAGGUGCAAGAACAGCUAUGGAUUAAACUGUAUAAAUAAAUGUGGAGCUUGCCUUCAGGACUCACAGUGUGACGUAGUCACUGGUGUUUGCUCUCAUGGUUGUCAGGAUGGUUACACUAGUGACAAAUGUGACACCACUUGUCCAGACUUCUACUAUGGCAAGAACUGCUCACAGAAAUGUGGACUGUGUAAAAAUAAUUCUAGCUGUGAUCCAUUCACUGGUCGCUGCUGGUCAGGAUGUUUGGAGGGUCAUACAGGCUUUGAGUGCAUCCAAAAAAUGAAAGAAGAAAGCAGCAUAGCAUUUUUAUCUAUUGGUGCUGGUCUGGGAGGUGCUGCAGGCUUCAUCAUUUUAAUUCUUAUAUUUUGUUUGAUAUACAGGCAAGUACAGCAUCGGCGUCACAAAACUUUGCAUGUUCCUAGACAUAAAAUGAGUGAAAUUGAAGAUGUGAUGACUAGAGAAGAAAGCUGUCAGCUCUUGGAGGACUCAAGAGUUGGAAGUGAACCUCCAUCUUGCUAUAAAGAAGAUGAUGAUAAAACAAAUGGUAUACAGGAGCCAAUUUAUGUCAAUGUUAACAGCAGGAAACAGACUAGCCCUGUCCUUCUGUCUGAUCUACACAGCUAUAUACUCAAACACAAGGAGCAUAGCUGGGAAGGUUUUAAACGAGAGUUUGAGGAAUUACCAAUGGGACUUCUGGCACAAUGUGAAAUCGCAAGGCGACCUGAAAAUAAAGUAAAGAAUAGAUAUGGAAAUAUAGUUGCUUAUGACCAUUCACGUGUGAUACUUGACCCUCUGCCUAAUGAACCUUUCUCAGACUAUGUGAAUGCAAAUUUUAUGGAUGGUUAUGCUAAACCAAGAGCAUAUAUUGCUUCUCAAGGUCCGAAUAAAAUCAUGAUCAGAGACUUCUGGAGGAUGGUCUGGCAACACAAGGUUUCUAAAAUUGUUAUGUUGACCAAUCUGAUGGAAGCUUGCAAGAAAAAGUGUGAGCAGUACUGGCCAGAUGAAGGCAGUCAGAAAUAUGGCGAAUUGACAGUUUUACUUGUCAAUGUGACCAAGUAUUCAGAUUUCAUCAUAAGAACCUUUGAACUCUCUAAGGAAAUGGAAAAUAGUCGAAUUGUCAAGCAGUUCCAUUUUACCACUUGGUCUGACCAUGGUGCUCCAACUUACCCCACCACACUGCUCUCAUUCAGGAGAAAGGUCAUAAACUUUAAACCAGAUGAUAGUGCACCCAUUCUGUCUCACUGCAGCGCUGGCAUUGGGCGAACUGGCACUUUCAUAGCUCUAAACUACUUGCUGGAGCAGGCUGUAGCUGAGAACCAGGUGGAUGUUCUCAGAUGUGCACAACUGAUGAGAGCUAAUCGAGUGAAUAUGAUACAAACAUUGGAACAAUAUGUUUUUGUAUAUGAAGCUGUACUAGAGGCCCUUCUGGCUGGUAAUACAACAAUACCUCGCUCCAGUUUUCAUAGUACAUAUGAAGAGAUGCUGACCCCUGAUGGAGACGAAAUACCUCGUAUGGAGAAACAGCAUGAUGUUCUACAACUUUUGUCUCCUACCAUUGAAAGAGAUGAGUGUUCCACAGCUUUUCAAGAAGAAAAUAUGGCUAAAAAUAGAUUUAAAAACAUUUUACCAGCCAACCGUACACGCCCAUAUUUAUACACACCAGUUGAAGGCUGUAAUGAAUACAUCAAUGCUGUUUAUUUAUCUGGGUAUACACAGAAAGAUCAGUUCAUUGUAACUCAGAUGCCUCUACCAACAACAGUUGCAGAUUUUUGGAGAAUGUUGUAUGAUACUUCAUCAGACACUAUAGUAAUGCUGAAUGAGUUUGAUAGAAAUGAUAAGUCAUGUGCCUUGUAUUGGCCAGAGGAAUAUGGUUACAGUGAAGAACAUGGUCCUUUGAAUGUUGAGUUGCUGUCUUCAUCAGAAGUUGACCCUGAUGUCACAGUGAGAGUUUUUAAGCUCAGUCACACAGAGAAGGGCGAAGAGCGAGCUAUCAAACAGUUCAUGUUUAAAUCAUGGCCAGACUACCAGACCACACCAAACUCUGUCACUCCAUUACUUCGCCUGUACCGGCAAGUUACUGAUUGGUUAAAACAGAAUAGUAAAGGGCCUGUAACUGUGCAUUGCAUGAAUGGAGCCAGUAAAAGUGGAGUGUUUGUUGCCUCUUGUUUACUUUUGGAGCGCUUAGAACUGGAUUAUGAAGUUGAUGUGUAUCAGACUGUCAAACAGAUAAGAAUCAACCGACCUCAGCUGAUAGAAAAUUUGGAGCAGUAUAAGUUUUUAUAUCAAGUAGUGCAAGAAUAUAUGGACCAAGAAUAGGGCUGGCAACUUUUGGAUACGUCAAAUAUUUGCUGUUCAUGUACAUGCUUUAUCAAUGAAGUUGUACAAGAAUGUACUGACUGAGGGUAAAACAGGCCACACUUGCUGCAUUGGUAGGAACCUAUUAAGUGAUGAGCUGACGUGUUUAUCCAGGUCACAAGUGACAGGUCAGAAAGAUCUAAGAUAGUGGCCUCCUGAUUCUAGUUAAACCAAAAUGGAUUAGUCUUAACUUUUUUUAUUAUUUAAAACUACACCUUUUUUUUUUCAAUUUUCAAAUGUUUUUAUAAAAUGAACACAAUGGGACCUCACCGGUUAAAGUCAAACAUUGACAGAUUUUUUUUUUUUAAGUUGGACUAAAUAGUAGAGUGUAGAAAUUAAUAUUUAUAAUUUUUUAAUUGAUGUAGACUCACAUAAAUUUUAUGUAGAUAUGACUAAAAUGGUUCUUAGUAGAAAGAGGUUUUAAUGUAGAUUUCAACAGAUCACAUUUAGCUAUAAUCAAAAUCCCAGAGGGUAUUUACAAAUUGAAAGGUCUUCCAAAUGUGUCAUAAAAAGGUAAUGAGCAGAGAUGAUGCAACUGUACAAUCAGUACUUAAUUUUAAUUGUUAGCCAUUGUCCUCUACCAGUUGUUGUUGUUUUUUUUCUUCAGUAGAUUAUUAAAGAUAUUGAUAUUUUUUAAACAAUUUGUUUUGAAUAGCUCAUUACUUUGAGAAAGAAAUAAUUUAGUCUUUCGUUUAUUAAACGAAAUUCCCAUCAUUUAAAUGAUUUUUAUAAAUAGCUCAUUACAUCAAACAUCAUUUUUGCCAACAAGGGCAGAUAAAAUUAGUGUUUUAACAUUCCACAUAGUAAGAUCAUUCCCAUUUGUUUUUCAUGAGAUCAGCUAUUUCCAUUUCUUUAGUGUGCUGGUAUUCAUGAUACUUUUCUAAUUAUUUUUUUUUUUUACAUUUCUUUCUCUGCUCAAAUGAGGUUGUGAUGAAGAUUGGCAUGUCCAGAUAUUUUGCUGUGAUAUUCAGCCUGCCAACUGAUUCAGUUUUUUUUGUUUUUUUUUUGAGUUACUGGACGCUUAGCACCCACACACUUCCCUUCUCAGAUGUUAUGUAUAUAUCUGUUUCAUUUACUUGUGCAAGUCCAAAAGCUUUCUAUAUAGUAAUAUAAUGUAUGAUAUAUUUAUACCGGUAUAUUUGUUAAUUUUUGUAUGGAGCAGUUUUGUCCUGCAUAAUCACUAACAAUAAUUUGAAACAUGCGUUGUCACAAUAUGAGAAAUCAAAUAAAUUGCUACAUCUUUUUGGUACUUAAAAUUGCUGGAAGGAAAGCUAAUAAAUAUUUUUCAUGUUUAAAACAUUAGAGCAUUUUUUUUUUACUAAACUAUACUUGAAACAUUCUCAUAUUUUUUGCAGUUGUUUUUUAAUGUGAUAUCAAAUUUUUAUUCUGAGAGUUGUGUACAAAACAAAGUUCCAUUAUCUAUACUGGACACAGUUUUCUUCUUUUCUUUCUUGUGUAAAAAAAAUUCUUUUUGCAUUUAUGUAAAAUAUGUUUAUUUUAGUCAGUCAUGUAGAAAAAUUAACAUUUGUAUUACAUUCAUUAAAGUUUUCCAUUUUGUUUUCCUGGAUUUUAUAAAACUCACAUCAAUUGUUCACUUUGUUUUGAGAAAUGAUUUUACGAAUCAUUAUUUUCUAAUAUCUUGAAUCUCUAUAUCUCAAAUAUACACUUCAUUAGUCAUUUGUAGUUUACUUUUUAAUUUACUUUUUUAUAAAAUGAUAGUUUUAAAAUAAGAUAUUACCUUUCUUAUGUUUGAUAUGCUAUGUAUUUAUCAUAUGAUUACAAUUCAACAACAAAAUAAAAUAAAAUAAAAAAACUGACAUGACUAUUGUACAAGUACCAUCUCAUUCUCCUCGUAAUACAUAAAUAGUAGUAUUUAACACAUAAAACCCACAUGCUCAUAUUAAAACACGGAUCUGAAAGUCAUCAAAUCACAUCAAGCACUAUUAGAUUUGUUCAAAAACAAAAUAAAGAAAACACAUUAUGUAGGUGUAUAUAUAUAUAUAUAUAUAUAUAUAUAUAUAUAUAUAUAUAUAUAUAUAUAUAUAUAUAUAUAUAUAUAUAUAUAUAUAUAUAUAUAUAUAUAUACACAUACUUGCACACUUAUACAAGAGAUUCAUAUAAAAAAUAUAUUUUAAAUAAAAACAUUGCAACUAGAGAAAAAAUGUUCAUUUAAAGGAAUAUAUUUUGGGUAAUAUGUAUAAAUUCCAAUGCUUAUUAACAUGCUUUUUAUAGAACUACAUUUUUAAAGAAAGAUAUGUUAGUUUUUUAUUUUGUUGGGUCCAUUAUUUGUAAUGCUUUAAGAAACAUUUCUUUAUUGUAAGAUAUUUUUUCAAUAAAAACUUUAUUAUUAUCUCUGUUAAGCACCUAUUUUAGAUCCUGUUUAAUAUUUUAACACUCUUAUGCCAUUAUAUUUACUAUAGGCAUAGCCAGUCCCAGGUAAUCUUGUGGAUGAGGGUUGAAAUGUUCUUUUGUUCUCUUUUCUUUACUACAUUGGACUGGUAUUGUUUGUUGUGAUUUUAUAAAUAGUAGUGAGAGACAAAACAUUACAGAUAUUUAUUCUUAAAUCAUCACUCACAUUUUAUUGACUAAGUUGUGAAAAGAAAAUCCACACAUUUUUUAAAUGAAAGCUUUUAUAUUGUUGUGAUAUAUAAUGUUUAGCUUGCUUCCAUUCCUUGUAGUGUCUGAUGUACAAUGAUUUUGUACCAAAAUAUUAUAGUGAAUCUUGUAAAGCAAUAUUUUUCUAUUAAUGUCUUGCUGCAUAUAUUUUUAGUAGAAAAUUAUAAGAUUUCUGUAACAAAAUAAAUAAGAUUGGAGAAAUCUCAGUCGGUGUUUAGAUGGUCACAUUUGCUUGCCUACAGGCUACUAUUUAAUGUAAAUACUGUAAGGCUGAUGUUUGCUUAAAGGUGAAGGCAGAAGCUUCUGUGUUGUUCUUUUUACUCAUGGACAAAUUAAAAUUAAUUUCAUUGUAAAAACAUUCACUGGAGUUAUAUUUACUACUAGAAAACAAACUGUUUAGAUUUUUAAACUAAACUUUUUUAUGGUGCUUUUGUUAUUUUUUUAUUAUGAACAUUAGCAUCCCAUAAAAUGGGCUGUAUAUGAAUCAAUGGUACAGUUGUAGACUAACUUAAGGUUGUAUAUGUUGUGAGUUGUACACCCAUGCUUGUGUAUAGAGCAUCACCUUUAAAGCACACCUACUGCUUCAAUAAAAAUAUUUUACUUUA